CUUCCCAUGGUGCUGCGCGCAUCCCGUUGCUAAGAUACGGUACAUUCCUCAGGCAGUAUCUGUGAUAAACAGCAUUUGAUGAAUUUUUAAUCCGUUUUAAACCGAAGUUAGACGGUUAUUUCCCGCUAUAGACAAGUUUAGCUCCCCGCUGUAUUUGUAGGGAGUUUUAGGCGAUUAAAAGCCGCUUUACGAGCUGCUGUUAGCGGAUAGCUUAGCUCCGCUAGCUCCGGUUAACACUCAGUAGACCCGUCAGGGGUCUUUAUUGUGGCUUUCAGGAGUUCUUUGGACCGAUAGUCGUUCAAACUGAACCGCUUCAAGUCCAGUACAUCAUUUCCCCGUUUGCUGAAGUUGCUUUAAUCUGGGAAGGUUAUCGUGUGGUACCAUCCGAACUUCCUCAGGUAACUGGGUCACAUGGAGCCGACUGACCGGGGAAAGGACACCCAGCUGCUGAGGAACCAGCCCUACGACGAGAGCCUGGAGGUGGAGGACGGAGAGGAGGUAUCGAGCGUCUACAGCCCGACUCCCCGAGGACAGGCACAGUCCCAGUGGAGCAGCAGCAGGAAGGUUCGCAGCAUCAUGUCAGCCACCAGCAGCAGGAACCAGUUUGAUGAGGAACACAGACCGCUGAGGGCCAAAGAGCCAGUGGGGCCAAAGCCAGGGGCCAGUCCAAACCAGGAGGAGGAGGAGGAGGAGGAAGAGGAGGACGACUCAGAGGAGGACGAUACAGAUGAUGAUGAUGAUGAGCCCACAGAAGCUCUGGAGGGAGCGUACGACCCUGCAGACUACGCCAACCUGCCCGUUACCACGGAGAUCAAAGAGCUGUUCCAGUAUAUCACCCGCUACUCUCCUCAGACCGUAGAGCUGGAGCACUGCCUCAAGCCCUUCAUCCCAGACUUCAUCCCAGCUGUAGGAGACAUCGACGCCUUCCUCAAGGUUCCGAGGCCCGAUGGGAAACCAGACAAUCUGGGGCUGCUGGCUCUGGACGAGCCCAGUGUGAAACAGUCCGACCCUACGGUUCUGUCACUGUGGCUGUCAGAGGAGACCAAACAGCACGGAGCCACAGAGCUGAAGAAGGUGACGAGCGUGGCGAGCCCUCAGACCAACUCCCGGGCCGUGGACAGCUGGGUGGACAGCAUCAGCGCCCUGCACCGGUCCAAACCUCCGGCCAGCGUCCAGUACAGCCGACCCAUGCCCGACAUCGACAGCCUGAUGCAGGAGUGGCCCUCUGAGGUGGAGGAGCUUCUGGGUCGCCUGCAGCUGCCCCCGGCCCGCCUGGGCUGCGGCCUGCAGCAGUACGUGGACCUCAUCUGCAGCCUGCUGGACAUCCCCGUCUACAACAGCAGGGUCCAGAGUCUCCACCUGCUCUUCAGCCUCUACCUGGAGUUCAGAGACUCUCAGCACUUCACCCGCAGACUGUAGGCAGAGAUCCGGUCAGCAGCUGCCGUACAGGGGGACUGAGGGGGAGGUCAGGGUUCAGAGUUCACAGUCAUCUGGUAGUUGUUCUGGAGAAAUCUCCUGGUUCCUCCACCUGUUUCUGUCUCUGCUGUCAAAUAAAGGAGGACAACCAGCCGAAGACAGGAGGACAACCAGCGGAAGACAGGAGGACAACCAGCGGAAGACAGGAGGACAACCAGCGGAAGACAGGAGGACAACCAGCCGAAGACAGGAGGACAACCAGCGGAAGACAGGAGGACAACCAGCGGAAGACAGCAGGACAACCAGCCGAAGACAGGAGGACAACCAGCGGAAGACAGGAGGACAACCAGCGGAAGACAGGAGGACAACCAGCGGAAGACAGGAGGACAACCAGCCGAAGACAGGAGGACAACCAGCGGAAGACAGGAGGACAACCAGCGGAAGACAGGAGGACAACCAGCGGAAGACAGGAGGACAACCAGCGGAAGACAGGAGGACAACCAGCGGAAGACAGGAGGACAACCAGCGGAAGACAGGAGGGACAACCAGCCGAAGACAGGAGGACAACCAGCGGAAGACAGGAGGACAACCAGCGGAAGACAGGAGGACAAC